CCAAUACGUGAUACAUUUCAUAAUAGUAACAUUUUGUAAUAAAAUAGUUAUUAUUAUAUGAUAUUCUUAUUAUAUUAUCUAUAUUUUAAAGUACAACACCUGUAGUAUUAUAGAUAUAUAAUAAGGUUUUUAGUGGAAGUACGUGUUAUUGAAACUAAAGUACUUCAGGCUUUUUAAAAUGAGUUUAAAGUAAUCUAUUCAAUAAUUAAAAUAAAUAACACAAGAUGUAAUCAAGUAUCAUGAUUUUUAGAGUUCUUAUGAACCUUCAGAUAGUAAUAUAUUUCUAAUUCCAUAAUUAUAUUAGCACAACUUUUUAAACUGCUAGAGGAACAAAAUAAAUGAUGUCACUAAAAAUGAAACGUAAAAACAUAAUGCAGUUAUUAAGAGAGAGAGAAAUUAAUGAUCAUAUUCGUACUAAGUAUGCACUCAAAAGUCAAAUAUCUAGUAAAUGUAUUACUAAACUUGGACUUCUUACUGAACUUGAAGGACAUCGAGGAUGUGUCAAUUGUUUAGAAUGGAAUGAAUGUGGAAGUAUUUUAGCAUCAGCAUCAGAUGACUUUCAAGUUAUAUUAUGGGAUCCUUUUCUUCAAAGAAAAAGAUUAUCUAUCAAAACUUUACACCGUGGUAAUAUAUUCACCGUUAAGUUUUUACCUAACUGUCAUGAUGAUAUUGUGGCAACAGGAGCGGGUGAUUGGUGCUCUCAUACUUACAAUGUAACAACUGGAAAACAAUUGAGUGCUUGUACUUGUGCUCGAAGUCGUGUUAAAAGAAUAACUGUUGCAAAUGAUACCCCUAAUGUUUAUUGGAGUGCGUCAGAAGAUGGCACCAUAAGGCAACAUGAUAUGAGAAUAAGUCACCAGUGUAGUUCUGAACAAACCAAAAAUGUUUUGGUAUUUUUACGUACUCAUUUAGGAACUAUGGCUGAAGCAAAAUGUUUAGCUAUUAAUCAGAUGAGAACUGAACAACUUGCAGUAGGGGCAAAUGAUCCAUAUGUUCGUUUGUAUGACCGUAGAAUGAUUCGUUCAUUGACUUCUGUAAAGAUGGCACCUACAGGUCCUCCUAUAAAUCAAUCAGUUGAUCUCCCCUUAGCUAUUUUUCGUAUUGUUGAUACUGUAGAGGAUAAUAUAUUUGCAAGGACUAAUAAUAUUUCAGAAAAUAGUGUUCAAUAUUUUAUUCCUGGUCAUAUUUAUUUAACUGAUGUGGAAGCACAUCAUAAAUAUCAAAAUAUUGGAACCACAUACUUAAAUUUUAGUCCUAAUGGUCGUGAACUUCUUGUGAAUUUAGGAGGAGAACAUAUUUAUCUUUUCAAUUUAAUAGAUCAAGUAGAAAGUACUUUUUGUGUCAUCCCUAAAGUUGUAAAUAAAACACGUGAAAAUGGUGAAGGGUCAUCAAUAGAUAUUCCUAAUGAACCAACUCCAGUUUUACAAACAAUAUUACCAAUAAAAGUAGAAAAACUAAAAUUAGAGGCUAAUUACUUGUUUGAUCAAAAAGAAUACACAACUGCAAUACGACUGUACAACCAAGCUAUUGAUAUGUUUGAAUGUAGUGUAUUAUAUUCAAAUAGAGCUGCUGCAUAUAUAAAAAGAAAGUGGGAAGGUGAUCUUUAUGCGGCUUUACGAGAUUGUGUGACAGCAUUAAAACUAGAUCCCAAUCAUAUGAAAGCAUUUUUUCGUAUGACAGUAUGUUUAUUUGAAUUAGGGAAGUUAAAAGAAUCAAAAAUUUACUUAGAACAGUUUAAAUUAAAAUUCCCUUCAUAUAAAAGUAGCCCAGCUUACAAGUCACUUAGUGCAGAUAUAAUAUCUGCUGAUGAAAAAUGUAAAAAUGUACCUCAGCUAUCUUCAAGUGAUACUAAUGAAACAUUUAAUAAUGAAGAAAAUGAACUACCAAAUGAUUUUGAACAAAAUCAGAAAAGUAAGCUAGAGGAACACUGGCGUAAGCAUGCAAAAGAUUAUCAUCAUAGAUAUUAUGGACAUUGUAAUACUUCUACUGAUAUUAAAGAAGCCAAUUUCUUUGGGAGUCAAGGUCAAUACAUAGUAGCUGGUUCAGAUGAUGGUUUAUUUUUUGUUUGGGAUAAAAAUACAGAAAACAAUAUACUUGUUUUAAAAGGUGAUAGUUCAAUUGUUAACUGUUUACAAGCACAUCCAUCAGAAUUUAUGUUAGCAACAAGUGGAAUUGAUAAUGUUGUGAAAUUAUGGACUCCAUUGCCUGAUGAUAUUAAAAAUGAAAAUGAAAUCAAAAAUUUUACAUCCACGGCAUUACAAAACCAAAGAAGAAUGAUGACAGAUCCAUUUGAAGUGGUUUUACGUAAUAUGGGUAUGGGUUUGAGAGAUACAAGAGAAAGAAGGGAAAACGAAAGUGAAGACAGACCAGAACAGUUUUAUACAUGCAGACCUAGUUAAACUUUAAUUCGAUUUCGCUUACUUGAGGCAAUAACAUACUACCAAUCUAAAAAAUAUGUAAAAUUAUUUUAUAUUUGUAAACAUAUAAAAUUUAAUGAAAAUAAUUAUAUAUAUUAAAAAAAAAUACAAUAUCAUAUUUAAAGUUAAAUA